AUGCAGAAGCACAAGUCGGAACUGUUUCUGGAGACCGAAGAAGGUGCUGCCACACCCCUUUCAUUGGUCCACAUUGAGGAAGAAUUUAACUCCUCUCCAUCUUUAUACCAAGGUGAUGGAGUAGCACCAACCAAAGAGCAACAAGACAACAUUGUGUCCCUGGCGAGGCUGCAGUAUAAUUUUGUCCAAGAAGCUAAUCUACCAACAAGAAGCAGCGAGUUUUACCUCACGGGUGAAAACGUCAGCCUGUUUCCUGAGCGGCCCAAAGCCCACCCCUGCGCAAAGGGACUCAUUAAAGAUGUCAGCACUGCAAUUCCACAACAGGGGGGUCCUUUGCCUGUCAGUGCCAGCUGUGACUUACUCAAGCAACAGGGCAGCGGGGUCAUUCCCCUGAGCAGGGGGGAGCAGAAUAACCUUCAGGAUGCUGUGGUCGCAGGAGACAGUUCGCAAAAGGAAGGGCAUCCCAGCAAGAGGUCACCUCCGGAGAGGGAAAGCCACCCUGGGAACAACACGGGGGCGGAAGUUAACCAUCUACCAGCUUCCGAAGUUCAUGAAGAAACGUGUGCCAGAGAAGCGUCCCCCGUGGGUUCUAAUUCUGCAGUGAAACCUCUCAGCCCCAUCCCUGUUACCCAUCAGCCGGUCUCCCCGAAAGACACCCCCAACUCCGGGUGUCCCAAUUGCAGACACCCUUCCGAGGGCAGCGGUGCAAGUCUCGUGGGACGAGAAGUCAAGGCCACCAACAAAUGGGUUAAACUCACCUCCUCUUCUAAAGAAAAGGCUGGCAAGGUGGUGGUGAAGCCCUUCCAGUGCCCCGAUUGCGGGAAAGGCUUCCUUCACCGAUCCAGCAUCCCCCGGCAUCAGAGGCUCCACAAGAAAGACAAUUCAUCUCCCGAUUCAGGGCAGCCGGUGCCCCAACCGGGCGCUAAUUGUGGGAACUCUUUCACUAUGAAGCCCCUUGUAAUCAAACGCCGGAGGCUGCCUGGGAUCGACCAGCCAUUCAAGUGUCUCUCCUGCGAUAAGAGCUAUGGGCAGAGAAACCAUCUGAAGAGGCAUGAGCAGCAGAAGCACCAGGUGGUUGACUAA